UAUUGCAAAAUAUUCUCGUUAAUUACAGGUGCUUUUUUAACCGUUUUCGUUUUGGGAGUUUCGGUAAUUGGCGCUGAUCUUGGCCUGGGUGCAAUACAAGAUCUUAUUUGGUCCACGUGUACCUUUGUGAGCUCUGUCGAUCCAUCUCGAAUAGAGUACCACGUUUUCAAUUACAAAAAUUCAACUAGUCCAACGCUUUACUACGGAAAUGACACCAACAUCAAUGUGGACUUAACACAAGAAACGAAAUUUAUUAUUCAUGGUUGGACCGAGUAUGGUACAAAGCCAUGGUUAAUGAACAUGGCCAAAGCUUAUUAUGAGACCGAUCACAAAUACAAUGUGAUUCUGGUCGAUUGGUCAGCAUACGGAAACUCCACUUAUUUCAGAUCAAUUUGUUAUGUAUCCCAUGUUGGUAGGGCUAUAGCAAACUACAUAGUCAACGUAGGAUUCGAUUUGAAUAAAGUUCAUAUAAUAGCCCAUUCCCUUGGUGGACAAGUAGCGGGAUACGUGGGGCAAUCAAUAUAUUUUGCUCAAGGUACAAAAGUUAGGCGCAUCACUGGUCUAGAUGCAGCAGGACCUUUAUUUUGUUACCCAAAGUUGUUGAAUGAUGACCUCAGAUUAAGUCCUGACGAUGCAAAUUUUGUGGACGCAAUACAUACUAAUGAUGGCGAAAAUGGAUGUUCAAACGAUUACGGUAAUGUUGACUUUCGACCUAAUUGUGGUUCUUUUCAAACCGGGUGCAACAAUUAUACCGCCGAAGGAGCUAGAAGCCCUGGGUUUUGCAGCCAUUAUCGCAGUUACAAAUACUACACACAAAGUAUAUACAAUGAUUGUUUUUCGGCAGUGCAAUGCUCAACGUGCAGCGAUAGUUGCGAAGAACAACAUACCAAAGAUAAUUCUGAUAUUGUUAUGGGAGAAAAUUCUUCGACGAACAUUUCUGGAGAUUAUUUUGUAUUUACAGAAGCUGGACAACCAUAUUGUAAAUAAGUUUGUUUUGUAGUAAAGUCUUAUCUUACAUAA